UUUACUACUUUUCUCUAUCUAAAUUUCAAAUUUAAUUGCAUUUCCAAAUUUGUGUAUAGAGUUAAAUUUAAUAGACUUAUUUGAUCGAAUUCGUUUCUCCAUAAAAAAACAUACUUUGCGCAAGCCGACUUCUGAUACGCCCAAAACCCCAUAUAUCAGUAUCAAACGACUUGUUUGAAGCUGUGUAAUCCUGAUUUCUGAUACGUCAAAGAAAAACGAAGAAAGAAAAAGGGCAAUUGAGGGUGAUUGGAAUAAAAUGGAUAAACUAAGGGAAUUCUUCAAGAAAACUAUGUUCUACGCUCGGGUUCUUUCCGGAUACGAAGAGCGCAGAAUCCGAUCUUACAGAUUGCAGCUUCAAAAACGUCUCCAGGAGGCAGAAUUAAGGAAAGCUGCUCUUAAUAGGGUACCUGAACAGAUUAUUUUGUCAGAGGUGCGGAAGAUGGUUCAGGAAAUGCAGUCUUUGAAUAAGAAGUUAGAGGACACGGAGGCAGCCAUAGAGGAUUACUUCAAGCCAAUUGACAAGGAAGCAGAAAUGAUAAUGAAGGUUCAGCUUGAAGGAGAGGAGAAGACAAUGAGAGAGAUGGUGGCAACCAUGCAAAGGCAGGCUCUACUCGAAAAAGCAGAAGCUGAAGCAGAUGCACAAGCACAAGCACUUGCAAAUUCAAAGAAUGCUAAAGCGGACCAAGAAGUUGAGGAGGCGGAACCAGAACCAGUACGCGUUGACAAGAGGUCUGGAAUGCGAUGAAUCCUCAAAACAGUUCUCGCACUUGUUUGAAUUACAAGGCAUUGCACUCCAUUUUCAAAGGCUUAGUUUCGCCAUUUCCGUGAUGGGACGUGAGUAGGCAUUCUGGGCAACAGUACAGCAACACAUAAUCAGUUGGUAUGCUGGGCAAAAAUAAAAACACUCUGUUGAUUGUUUACUACUAAGUAGCAAUGGUCUCUCUGAGCUGCAUUUUCUGUAUCGUGAUUUCGUGUAUUAUAUUUUUAUAGUUCAUGUUCAAGUGAACAUCUGAUCUUUCAGGUUAAGGAGGAAACAUUCUUUCGAUCAA